AUGUGUUGUGGUUGUUGCAGUGUACGCCAGCAAAAGAUCUGGGUCUUCUCCCUGGGGGGCCUGAUCCUGGCUGUUGGGAUUUUUCUGGCCUCAGCCUGGCCAGCCUUAUCUCGGCAUUGGAUUCGCAGUCUUUUGCCCUUGGCUCCCAACUCCUUUAUAUACAAUCGCUGGGUGACCACGCCCAUGCCGGUAUACAGCACAGUUUUCCUCUUUAACUGGACUAAUCCGGGGGAUUUGAACACCGAGGGCGUUAAGCCGCACUUUGAGCAGCUGGGGCCUUACACUUUCAGUGACUUUAAGGUCAAGGAAGAUUUGGAGUGGAAUCAGUCCCAGGUGACCUAUUUCGGCAAACGCACCUGGCACUUUCUACCGGAAAAGUCAAAUGGAUCGCUUGAGGAUGUGGUUAUAGCGCCACACUUUCCAUCUUUGACAGCUGCUUUGUACUCGCGCCAAUUGCGCCGCAUCCUGCGCAAGGUCAUGAACUUUGCCCUCAAUCGCGAGGGCGGCGCCACCCACAUGACGCACACAGCUGGCCAUUGGCUAUUCGAAGGCUAUUACGACCAUCUGCUUGACUUUGUGGAGCAGCUGCAUUCGCCUCUGCUCCCGGUGUACAGCAACACCUUCGGCUGGUUCUAUCAGAGGAAUAACUCGAAGACGGCUGAGGGCAACUUUACAGUGCACACUGGCCAUGGGGAUCUCAGCCAGCUGGGAGAUCUGCUCCUGUGGAAUGGAAAGGACACAACUGGCCUUUAUCCCGGCGAGUGCGGCAAGGUCAAUGGCAGCACGGGGGAACUCUGGUCGCCGUACAGGAAGUGGGAUCAGCCCACUUCCAUUUUCCUACCAGAUGCUGCGCGGUACUUGAACUUGUUUCCCCAGGAAAACCUCACCAUCGACGGCAUCGAUGUCUGGCGCUAUGAGUCCACCAAUCUUACCCUCGACAAUGGCCAGUUGUCGCCGGACACUGAGUGCUUUUGCCUCGAGAAUCGCGAGUGUCCGCGCAACGGAGUCCUGGAUUACGGUCCUGCCGCCUUCAAUGGCCCGUUCUACAUGUCGCAUCCGCACUUUUUCCUCACAGAUAGAAUGUACAGGGAGAACACCACCGGCCUGCAACCCGAGGAGUCCCAGCACGGCAUGCAUGUGAUAAUGGAGCCCACUCUUGGAAUCCCAAUGAGCCUGAGGGGGCAGCUCAUGAUUAGCACGAAAGUGGUGCGCGACGAGGCCAUUGACUUGUUCAAGAACGUGGCCUACGAUCAUUAUGCACCCCUUUUUACAAUGAGAUUGCACGCGGAAUUAGACGAGGAUCUUACAAGGCUAUUGAAGCUUGCGCUGAAUGCUGCGAGUAUAGGAAUGUACAUAGGAAUUGGCCUGGUUCUUUUUGGAAUUUCAAUAGUCGCAAUUGGAAUAUUCAUCACAAAAAAUAAGAAAUGGCACAACGAACAAAGGCCCGACGAACAAGUCAAAUGCACUUAA